GCAAAAGGUUCAGCAUGUAGGCGGGAAUGUAAUUCCAUCGAGCGAAGGAAAACCAAACAAUGCGCAACGGCAAUCCUUUUCAUAGUUGCAGAGCCCAAGUGCAGGAGUUCAGAUUAGUCAGCAAUGGAGCAGCACGUUAUGAACUCAAUCGAACAAUCCCUCAACAAUAAUCAACCCCUCUCUUCCCAAACCCUAGCUUCCCUCAGAUCUCUCAUUAUCAACCCCACCACCUCCGAUUCCAGCCUUUCCUCACUCCUGGACGCCCUAACUCGCUCUCUUCGACUCACUCGCGACUCCGUCUUCCUCCAUCACUGUCUUAAGCUCCUUACGGACCUCUCCGCUCGCCGCCCCCACCUAUCCCCUUUUGCCGUCGACUUGCUCCGUUCUGACUCGCUCUUCUCCUCCGCUUCGCCUCGCCUUGUUGGCGAGUCACUGUCCGCACUCCUUUCACUCACUUCCUCCCAAAACGACAUUGACGCUGCCCGCUUCGUCUCGCUCUGCCUCGGUCCUUCUGUUCCCGUACGACUAUGGCUACUGAAAAAUGCGGAGAAGUUUGCCAUUAGGGAAUCGGUGUUAUUAGCCGUGUUUCUAGGGUUUACAAGGGAUCCGUUUCCGUAUGUGAGGAAAGCAGCUGUAGAUGGAUUGGUGAAAUUGUGUAAGAAUGGUGAUUUUAAUGAUCGUGAUGUUAUUGAGGGAUGCUACUGCCGUGCUGUUGAGCUGCUCCGCGACGCUGAGGAUAACGUCAGAUCCGCAGCAGUUCGCGCUGUCUAUGACUGGGGUAAACUGCUUGUUAUAUCCAGUGAAGAAAGGAACAAGCAGGACUCGUCGGAUGCAGUAUUUAUCCAGCUCUGCUGUAUGGUAAGAGAUAUGAGUAUGGAGGUAAGGCUUGAAGCCUUUGAAGCUCUUGGGAAGAUAGGACUUGUAUCUGAAGAUAUCUUACUACAAACCCUGUUUAAGAAAGUCCUAGGGAUCAACAAAGAUAAAAUCUACAAACCAAUUAAAGUGUUUGAAAUUUCAGCUUCUGCUGCUGCUGGAGCUUUUGUUCAUGGACUUGAGGAUGAGUUCUCUGAGGUACGAAUGUCUGCCUGUUACUCUUUGCAUACGUUCACUGUCUUCUCCUCACAAUUUGCUGGUGAAGCCUUAAACCUGUUGAUGGACAUGCUGAAUGAUGAUUCAAAGAUUGUCAGGCUACAAGCUCUGAAUACAAUGCAUCACAUGGCAACCUGCAAUCAUCUAAAAGUUGAAGAAAUACACAUGCACAGUUUUCUGAGCACUCUUUUUGACAGCUGUUCUGUCAUAAGAUCUGCGACAAGGAAAAUUCUCAAAUUAGCAAAGCUGAUGAAGUUGGAGUUGUUUAAAUUGUGUAUCGAUGGCCUUCUUGGAAAUUUGGAGACAUAUCCACAGGAUGAAGUUGAUGUCUUCUCUGUUCUGUUUCAUAUUGGGAGAAAUCAUGGGAAGUUCACAGUUCUCAUGAUUGAGGAGGUUUCUACAGAGUUGGAGCCAGCUUUUGGAGGCAAAUUGGGCUUUGAUAGUACAAGAGUAGCAGCAUUUCUUGUGCUGGCCAUCUCAGCUCCACUGUCAAAUGAAAGUGAUGUUUGUGGUGUUCCAUCUAGAAUAUUCUCUUAUGCAGUUACUUGGCUGGGGAGAAUCUCUUAUGCUUUAAGUGAUGUUAUGAACCGAGAAACACUUUUGGCUUAUUUGUCAAAGUGCAGCAGAUCCUCAACCAUUUCUCUUGCUGACUUUAAAAUAAAAGAGGCAUUGCCAACAGUAAAAGGUGAUAUGCCAUCUCAUCUCUGUUCUGAGGUUGGUAGUCCUGUAAGCAUGCCCUUGUGGCAAAAAGGUGUGGAGACCUUUGACCAUCAUCAUCAGAAAUUGUUUUUAGGAAAGUCGGGUACUCAUUUAGAAUAUGGGCUGAGGGAGUGUGAUGAGUUAAGACAGUCUGUAAACCUUGUCUUUAGAAAGGUCAAGGACUUGUGGUCAUUGGUACAAUUAGGCUGCACAAAUGAAGCAUUGAAGGCUAUAAGCAGGGCAUGCAAGGAAGAAGUGGCAUCAUUUACCACAGAUUCCCCUGGAUCUGCUGGUGCUGUGGCAUUUACUCUGCAAUAUCUCCGAGUUAUAAAAUUGCUUGCUGCAGUAUGGGAGCACCUUAUGCCAACAAAAAAGCUUAAUUGUUAUGGAGUGGGAAAAUUAGAGCUUCUAUUAGGAAAAUUAGACAGGAGGCUCAGGGAAAUCAGGAAUAAAUUCAUCGGUUUGUCCAAAGCAGAGGAGUUGCAAAUCUUGGAACUGAUCGUUGUGGCUUGUCUUUUGAGGUUGUCGAAAAUUGAGAUAUGCUGUUAUGAUACUGCCAUGAAAAAGUUGUCUUCUAUAAUUUCUCAUGUAGAAAUUCUCCGCAAGGGGGGGCCUAUUGAACCAUCUCAUUUUAUAAUUGAAGUAAAGAAAUUAUUGAAUGAUAUUGGCUCUUCAAGUGGUGGUAGUACCUGUAAGCCACUUCUCUUCAAGAAGUUAAUUGACUCCUUCUCCCUUCAUCAAUUUGUGUUAGGUGGAAGUCCCAGGCACAUAAAUGCAGAAUUGGAAGUUCCUGGUAAUGAUUCUGAAAAUCCUCUUCCUUUCAUCCCUGGAAUACCUGCUUCUAUACCACUUGCAAUCACUUUGUAUAACGUUUUGAGUGAACAUAGGUUGUGGCUUAGGAUAAGUAUGGGUGAGGAGUCAACUCAGUUUGUAUUUUUAGAUUUGAACCUAAUCAGAAGCAGUGAUGAGGUCAGGGAAUUCACAUUUGUGGCUCCCUUCUAUCUAACCCCAAAAGCAAUUUCCUUUGCGCUGAGGGUUUCUAUAGGUAUAGAAUGCUUGCAAGAGAAUGUUCAUCAAGUUAAAGCCUUUGGGGGUCCAAAACGUGAGCUAGCAUACCUUUGCCCCGAGGAAGAGAUUUUUCUUUGUAAGAGCACUAAAUGGUAAGUAAAGCCACCUUUCUUUUUUGUUAUUGUUGCUUUUGGCAUGACAUUUGUUGAGGUACAACAUAUGCUUAUCAGAAUCAGACUAAAAUAUUGCUAGCUUGGAGUCUGCUGGGUCAAACGAGGGAACUUUCCGCUGCCUUGUCCUCGAGUACGGGUAGAGAAAGGAAUAUAAUUUAACAAAAAUUAUUCAACUUUGAGACUGGUGCUUUUAGUGGAAAAUUAUCAAGGAACUUAUUAAACAACAAACAAAAUAACUAUUCACGUUUUAACAAAAUGCAUUUGUUGGCUUCAUCCCAUGGACUCAAAACUUAGCUAAGAUGAAUGUUUCAUCAAUGGUUAGUGAAACUAUUAUGUACUCUUCCACCUCUCAAACCAUUCUAAUGUUCAUGAUUUAAAAACAAUCGCCGAUAAGAAGCACCUUUUGCCAACAGCCUUGGUGGUUUUCACUUGCCAACCCUCC